AUGGCUUCGAGCUCUACAGAAGGGGAAGAUCAAGAUGGUUCUUCUUGGUCUACUCCUUCCUCACCUCCUAUAGGUCCACUCGAACCUCAACCUCAGAGAGAUGUGAAAGCUCCAUCAGAACCUCUUUCUCACGAUCAUCAACCUAAUCUUUCUCAUCAAGAAACACCUCAUAAACAACUAUCCACUCACACCAAACCAGAAGUUCCUCAACAUCAUCAACCAUCACUUUCUAUUCCCCUUGAUCCUUUUAAUCCACCUUCGACAGAUACAUUUCCGCAAAAAGAACCUGAAAUAUCACCAGCAUUAACACAUACACCAAUCCCUUCCAUUUCUUCAUCAGCAUUAGUACUUGAUAAAUCUCUUCAUACAGCAUUAUCAAACUUCAUACAUCAUCUUAUCAAACCUCUAGCUCUUCAUUAUCCUCAUCAAACCCUUUUAUCACUACGAGAAAUCCUCACGCGUAUUCUAGCGGAAAGAUAUUCACCCACGUGGGAUGAAGCUCAUCCUGAUUUCGGAUCAGGAUUUAGGUCUUUAAUCUGUGAUGGGGAACAUGGUUUACCUCCACAAUUACGUGAGGCAGCCAAGGAGUGUGGAGUUGAAGAGAAAGUUUGGAAGAAAGCUUUGGCUUUGAGAUUGAAGAAAGGGAAAGGAGAGGAAGAAUUGGGGAAAGAAGAUUGGGAAGCUUGGUGUGAUCCUGGUUAUGUCGUUUGGAGAUAUGGAGGUUGGGAAUGGGAAGAUUCGGGUUAUGAACCUUUUAGAGUGAUAAAAGAACCCUUCCACGUUAUCUGGCAAGCCAUGCCUGCCGAAGCUUCAGUAUCCGUGACCCCAUCACAAGCACCGAUCGUUCAAACUUCUCGACCGAAUUAUGCCAUUCCCAUUCGUGCUCCCGAAACUCAAACACCAACACCUGUUAACGCAGAACGAUCAGGUAAUGCCAGUCGACCAUCAUCAUCUGAAGGAACUCGCAGUCCAUCUCCUUCUCCCAGGGGUGAUGUAUACACUUCCACAUCCAACAGCGAAAUCGACACCACCACCGGUCAAACCGAAAGAACAGGUCGUUCUCCCAGGUCUUUCGGAGGAAGAGGUAGUACUUCAUCAUCAACUUCAUCAGAAGCCAAUUCUUCAGCUCAAACUUUACUCACUCCUUCAAGUCGACCUUCUUCCGUUGAACCAUAUCGUUAUCUUCCUGCUGUCCAAGUCGGUUUAAAAGACAAGAAUCAACCUUUUACUCCACUUCCUCCUUCUUUCUCACAUGAGAAUGGUUCUCCUUCUCCCUCUCCCUUGAACCCAAAUAAUGGAGAAAACCAACAAACAAUCGACACGACAGAUGAUUUAACACCAACUGCCAAUUUACACAUUACACCUUUAUCUUCACACAACCCUAACACCAACUCCACAGGAGGUAAUGGUUCAGCGACAACACCAAUCAUCACCCCAUACGACGGAGGUAACGUUACAGUAUUAGGUGGUGGUGUUAAAUUAGGUGGUUCAACACCACGUUUCCCAAGUGGUGGUUCAUAUGAUAGAUCACGUUCACCAAGUAUUUCAUUAGCUUCUCGUACACUUCAUACCGCUUUAAGUCCUACCGGUCCUGGAUCACCAGGUCCAGGAAGAAGACAGAGGAGAAGAAGGAUAAUGCCUACUUUUCUUGGACAUUUAGGUCAACCUGGUAUCGGUGGACCUGUUUUAGGUAUGGGAAUGACUAUGAGUCCACCGAAUUUGAAUCAAAGUGUGAUGGGUAGGAUGAAUAUGCCUUCGGGGAUGGGGAAUAGAUAA